GUUAAAUUGAAUACAACUAUAUAUUAUUGGCUUAUUGCAACUGAAUUUAAAGUUUAUAUGGUUGAUAGAAUUCAUCAAGCAGGAUCUGAGGAGCAAUUUAUCAAUGGAAAAGGCAGCAUUGCCACCGGCCUGGGCUUUGUUCCUGAUGGUUGUGUGCAUUCAGGUUAUUAUAGUUUAUUGUGAUUGUUCGAACAAUCCUUGUGAUGACAACGCAGAUUGUACAGAAACAGAUGGCAGCUAUACAUGUGCAUGUAGAUCUGACUACGCUGGUGAUGCAUAUGGGUGUGACUCCUUAAUAGUCGACUUUGAAUUCAUCAACGGCCUCUACGGCCAUUUCACAAGGCUUGAAAACAAGCAUGAAAACCAAUCAGUGUGGGCAGACCAGAAUGCAACAUUUCUUUAUUUCACUGGCGAAGGCAGUUGGGAAUUAUCAAAUGAAAUUGGCGGUGAAAACCUUCCAUUGGCUUUUAAUUCCGGAUCGUUGACGCCUGUAUCACCUAAUUGGGCGUAUAUGGGCCCUGAUGGUCCUGUAGAAGACUCCGUCGGACGCUAUCCUGUGAGAUGUGUUAAGAGCUGUACUAGUGUAGAUACCUGCACAAUAGAAGAACCAUGUGAGGACGAGAAUUGUACGACAAUAUCUGACAUCGCAAAUGGAGACAUGGGAUUCGCCGGCGACGGAUUUUGCUUGCCAAUCAUGGAGGGUUGCACGAAAAGUUGUGACGAAAAUGCAACGUGUGUAUCUUUACAAAUAUAUAGUAAUGACGAAAUCGCGAAGAGAAAGAGAAGAGAACUAGACGACUCAGUUUAUUCCGUGUGUACUUGCGACGCAGGAUUUGAUGGGGAUGGACUUAAUUGCACAAUUGCUAGCGUGGAAACGGAUGCUAGCACUAGCACCACAGAAGCUGCUGGCACCACUGGCGCUGGUGCCACGGAAGCUGCUGGCACCACUGGCGCUGGUGCCACGGAAGCUGCUGGCACCACUGGCGUUGGCACCACGGAAGCUGCUGGCACCACUGGCGCUGGUGCCACGGAAGCUGAUACAACCACGGGGUCUGUUAACACGACAGGAUCUUUUAACACCACGGGAGCAAAUAAUACCUCACAAAUAGCAGGGGGUUCCUUAGGCUCUCUCCUGAAUGGAUUGUUCCCCCUGGGUGGCUCAGGAGCCAGUUGUGCUGCCGUUUCCCUGGCCCCCAUGAUUUUGCUGGCAUCGAUCUCGCAUUGGUACAACAUGUAACAACGUGCUUGAUGUCACUGCCUACGUAUACAAACACCAUAGAAACGCUUUUAAUAAAUUUAUGAUAAACUCAAGGAGGAUUGGAUCCCAAAGUGCAACAUCGAUAUUCUGUCCAAUGUAUGGGCAUGUCGAGAGACAAACUUUGAAUUCAAACAGCCGCCAUCUUGUUCACUUCAACAUUUAAAUCGUGAAUUUUGGUCUCAUUUCCUAACGAAAAAUUCAAAAACUUACAAUAUAUGAUCGAGAUAUUGGU